AUGGACGGCAACACUGAUGGCCACGAGGCUAUCUGGCAGAUCGGAGUCUUCGAUGCUCACUGCCACCCCACGGAUAUCAUGGCCUCGGUCCAGGAGAUCACCAAGAUGAAAGCUCGAGUGCUCACAGUCAUGGCGACGAGAUCGCAAGACCAGGUCCUGGUGGAAGAUGCAGCCAGAAUGUACCCGGGCAACACGCGCGAGGAUGUGUCGGAAGGGGCAUCAAGAUACGUGAUUCCCGCGUUUGGCUGGCACCCCUGGUUUUCACAUCAAAUGUACAACGAUGUGGACGGCGGGGCCAAGGCCACUCCCAGCGCGGCCGAGCAUUACAAGGCGGUCCUCGUCCCGGCCCCUGACGACGCGGCGUUUCUGGAAUCCUUACCCACUCCCAGGUCACUCCGCCAGUUUCUCGAGCAGACGGAAGCGAGGUUGACAGCGUUUCCGUUCGCGCUCGUAGGAGAGGUGGGGUUGGAUCGGUCCUUCCGGUUGCCUCAAGGCCCCAGUGUCGUGACCGAAGUUAUGUCCUGCCGGUGCAAGACGGGUGGCUCGGAAGAGGAGUAUACGCCUGGAACCCGCGAAGGGAGGCCACUCACACCUUACCGCGUAACCAUGGAGCAUCAAAAGGCCGUUCUGAGAGCCCAGCUUGGUCUUGCGGCUAAGUUGGGGCGACCGGUGUCCGUGCAUAGCGUGCAAGGACAUGGUGUAGUGUUCGAGGUGAUUCAGAAUAUGUGGAAAGGCCACGAAAAACCGUCCAAGCGAGAGCGCAAACACAAGUCUCAUGCUCAUGCUCAUGUGGCAGACGAUGGCGAGUCCGGAAAAGUGAAUGACGCCUUGCCCUUUCCGCCUCGGAUAUGUAUGCAUUCGUACUCUGGACCGCCGGAUGCCUUAAAGCAAUUCCUCGGUGCCAGUGUGCCUGCAGACAUCUACUUUUCCUUUUCGUCGGCCAUCAACUUUUCCAACGCGUCCACAACCAAGGUCACCAGUGUCAUCAAAGCAGUACCGGACGAUCGGAUUUUGGUUGAAAGCGAUCUCCAUUGUGCUGGAGAGACAAUGGACAACCUUCUGGAAGAGAUUGUGCUGAAGGUUUGUGAGAUCAAGGCAUGGUCCUUGGAGGAAGGAGCACGGCGAUUGAAAGACAAUUACCUCAAGUUCUUAUUUGGGUGA